CAUUCUGUUUUCUCUCUCAGUUCGCAGCCGCGGAACCUUGAACCCUAGAGAGUGCCGUCGAACGCUCCGUCACGAUGACAUUCAAGCGAAGGAAUGGAGGUCGCAACAAACACGGCCGUGGCCACGUCAAGUUCAUUCGAUGCUCCAAUUGCGGCAAAUGCUGCCCUAAGGAUAAGGCAAUCAAGCGGUUUUUGGUGAGGAACAUUGUUGAACAGGCUGCAGUGAGAGAUGUUCAGGAGGCCUGUGUCUAUGACCAAUACACUCUUCCGAAGCUGUAUGUGAAGAUGCAGUACUGUGUUUCCUGUGCUAUCCAUUCUCAUGUUGUUAGGGUUCGAUCUCGCACUGAUAGGAGGAAGCGUGAGCCUCCACAGCGUUUCAUCAGGCGCAGGGAUGAUGCACCAAGGCCCGGUCAGCCUGGUCAAGCCCCUCGUCCUGCUGGAGUAGGAGCACCGGCCCGUGCUUAAAUGCAAAUUACAAACUGAGAUUCCCUUUGCCAUUUAUUUUCUUUCUAAACUUCAGUUUUGUGUAGGGAAAUUAUGUUCUCUUCUAAUUGUCCGCCCAAGUCCUCGAACUGUUAUAUUUUCGUUGUUAUAAUGUCGGUUUUGAUGAGAAUGGAACUUUGAUAAAUUAUAAAUUUUAUCGUUUUGAAGUACCUGAGUCUUAUAAACUCAGUUUUAUCCU